AUGUCAGAGAUGGACUCUAGAGUACCGCGGAAGCGGGUUUCAAAAGCAUGUGAUACUUGUCGCGCAAAGAAGAUUAAAUGUGACGGAAAGGAUCCAUGUUUGAACUGUGAGAAGUACAGCUUGUGCUGUACAUACACGUAUGUUAUGAAGAAGCGGCAAGCGGCUUCCACCAGGGUUUCCAAUCGUAAAUUGCUUGGCGAUCUUAGUUCGCGGCUGCACCGGUUAGAACAACUGUUGGUCGAUGUUUCUUCGAAAUUACAGGGUCAAGAUACUGAGGGUCAAAGGUUGGAGGGUUUUGGCGGCAAUGCUGAAAUUCAUUCGCCAGUUGCCGCGAGUGAUUACGAUUCCGACGAAGUUAGCGACGACGUGAGUAUUGAUAAGUCGUCUAGACAGCAGCAAACGCGCGGUACGACGGACAUUGAGUCAUCACCACUGCACACUGCAUCUGAUGUUUCUGACGCGCAGUGUCUGAAAGGCAGCCAGCUGCCUGUUCUAUGUCCGGACAAAGCUGACACCUACUUCGGUAAUCAUUCUUCUAUCGGGAUUUUUUCAAAACGGGGCCUCUCAUACUUGCAUAUGGCGUACGGUAAGUCUGCGGAUUUUUUGCUGCCACUUAUAAGACUGAACAAUUUUGUUAAAAUGAAUCAUGAAAUGUUUUAUGCCAAGUUUUUGUCUCCUAGAACACUGAAUUUGAUUCCGCCAUGGCCAACGAAAGAGCAAUGUGAAGAACUUUUUCAGGUCUUCCUGUAUAAGGUGCUUCCAUUAUAUCCUGUUAUUUCGCCCGACCAAGCAACCGCGGUGUUUAGCAGAAUAAAUGAAUCGAUUGAAGAUCUGAAUAUUACUGACCAAUUUUUGGUGGGUACUAUAAUGCUGCUCGCAGUUGUAGUAAAGGGAUUUAACACAAAGGAGGAGAUAAACAGUAAGUGGGAUGAGAUGGGCAACAAUAUGCUGAUUCGGACCGUUAAUAUUGUCCAAUCCACGUGGACGUCCUCAGUACCUGAUCCAAUCGGUUACAUGCAGGCCCUUAUCUUCCUCUGUAUAUACUUGGAGAAUUCCCCGGUGCCUCGGAUGACUUAUCUACAACUGGCAAGCGCCAUCAGAAUAGGCCAAACUCUCGGAUUGCAUCGCAGAGAGACAUACAUGAAUAUCAAAGACCCUGUUGAAAAACGCCGUCGCUUGGACAUAUGGUGGUGGUGCUAUCGUUACGACAAGAUGUUCUCCGCGUUCACAGGCAAGCCAUCCCUCAUACAUGAACAUGAUAACACCUCGUUUAAUGAUUGGGAUUUUUAUCAGCUCCUGCAUUGGCAAGUAUACCCAAACGCCGGGUAUGACUUCCAACCUAAUCCUCCUGCAGGCUUUGAACUGGAAAAGCAACUUUCGGGCCUGCUAGAUUACGCAAGUAAGCACAGCAUCCAUUGUUUGGCUCAAACACUACCAUACCACUAUUACAAACUGUAUAGCAUACAGGGUUACGCGUACGUCAAGUUGCUGUGUAGUAAAGCAUCUACAGAACUAAGUCCCGAAGGUCGCUUCCAAUGCAUUAAAGAUAUUGUGGAACGGUUGGACACCCUCAAAGAGUCUCUGCCUGAAAUUUUGAAACCUAAUUAUAACCUAGAGUCAAUCGCAGAAAUGCAUGCCAAAUUAGUCCUGAUGCGGCAGGCAGAUGAAGAUAUCCCGCUUGUUAACCAUAUUUACUCCAAGAUUCUAAUCUUUUACAUCAAGUUUUACUGGACGUACACCCUAGUGUGUUGUUCCGUUGUACAGACACCUUGGGUACGAUCUACUCUUCCGGAAACAAUAAAGAUUGCUAAGCCAUAUCCGUUUUUAGCCGACUCCGCGGAGAAUGCAGCAAACUUACUAAAGCUGGUGGACCACAUGUUUAGUCAUGACGAACACAGUCACAUGUUGACGGAGUUACUAAUGGGCUAUCUAUGUGGAUUCUUGUCCGUUGUGGGAAGCAUGUUUCUCCAAGAUGAAUUUGAGCUAAAGUACCUUCUCCUCCUUACCCAAUGUUCAAACACGGUAGUGUCGGUGGCAAGGCGUAGGCGCGGGAUCUACACCUUUAAGUGGGCUAUCGUCGCCCUGGUGACAAUUCAUAUUUUGAAAUUGGCUGUGGGCAAGUACAAUAUGCGAGUAUCAGCAUUGAACUCGGACGCCAACGUUUUAGAUACGGCCUCAUAUACCGAAACCCUAGACUCGCUGCACGAGAUGCUCCACGAAAGCUGUAUCCUCUAUUCCAAUUGUUUUGACGACAGCAAGUCCGCCGCAUCGGCGAUCAAUAUGUGGCCAAUUAAAAACUCGCAACCCGGCGACUGGUUUGGCAAUAAAAACCCUGACCCUUCGCUAGCAGGCACCCCAGUAGAGGGAUACCAUGCCGGUAAUCUCGAAAACCUUUCAGACAUUACCUUGGCGGGUCUCCCACCCAUGUCUAACCCCCAUUAUGUGGAACUUCCGCUAUUCGAUAUUAAUCCAAACUCCAUUGUUGAAGAAGUCUUGGCAAACGUCGACGUAGACUUCAAUUUCGACGGUCUCUUCCUGAACGAUGACGCUCUUGAAGGUCCAAGAUUUUAUUAA